AUGGCUUCAAAAGAUGCAACGUCCCGUCGGGAUGACGAUGAGGUCUGCCCCGUCUGCAAAUCCUCGCGAUACCUGAAUCCCGAUAUGCGAUUUCUCAUCAACCCAGAAUGCUACCACAAGAUGUGCGAGUCCUGUGUGGACCGCAUCUUCUCAGGUGGUCCCUCGAAUUGUCCUGUCGCCGGAUGUCGCAAGACCUUGCGUAAGAACAAGUUCCGCAAGCAGACGUUCGAAGAUAUCGGAGUGGAGAGAGAAGUAGAUAUUCGGCGGCGCGUGAUGCAAAUUCUAAACCGCCGCGAAGAAGAAUUCGACUCCAAACGCGCCUUCGAUGACUUCCUCGAACAACGCGAAGAGAUAAUCAUGAACCUAGUAACGCGCGUCGACGUCGCGAAAACCGAAUCCCAACUCCAAAAAUACGCAACAGAAAACAUGCAAUCAAUCCGCACGAACCAAGCCCUGGAAGUCGAAGAGGCACACUCUUUCCAAGCACGCAUGACCCUUGAACAAGAAGAAGCCAAGCUCCGCCGACAAGCCGCACGCCAAGAAUACGAAAUAGAGCGCCGCGAGCUCCAAGCCGGACGCGAGGACUUCCUCUCACGACUAGCUUCCGGCUCAUCAACCGACGCCGCAGCCAUCGCGCGCGAAGGCCACAAAGUUCUACUCAAGAAGUCCUCCGCCAGACGCAGCGAGGAGGAGCGUAUCCGACAGAAACAAGCUGCACUCCGUGGAACGGAAGGCAAGCGCGGUGCGAGUGGGCUGUCUUCUAUGGAAAGCGCCGGUGGACCGGAUACAGGGCUUGUCAAGGGUCUGCGCAAGAUCAAGACGCCCGAGCCAGAAAAGCCCUACGAUCCUUUCAUGGGGUAUGUUCCCGAGAAGCGCGAUUACUACUCCCUCCAGUCAUACUACCCCUCUACGUAUCUGGAUCCUAUUCGGCAAGAUACACGGAUGCAAGCUGGUGGGUAUGACUUGGGCGAGUACUACUCGCGCACGUUGCUUGAGGCUUUUGCAGGCUUGAGUUGCUUUGUUGGCGAGGAGAUCUCGCAGAGAGAUGCUUCCAAGCCUGUUGCUACUGAGGGUGCUGCUAUGGCUGCUACUGGGGGCGAAAAUGCUUCGUAG